AUGUCCGAUUUGACCGAGGAGCGUGUUGUGCAAUAUUUACGAGAUAAUCCGUCAGUGCUCGAAAAUUACGUCACUGGACCGAAUGUCUCAUCGGAAACCUUUCAAAGAUGGAUGCAGCGCCGAAACAAUUGGAAUCAUUUACGGCGAGAUGCCAGGAAAAUUUUCAAUGGAGCGUGGGGAUCAGAAGAUCUGGAGACAAGACGACGAAUAAUCCUAGAUCACGGAGAUGAUCAGGUUCGUAUUCUCUAUGAAUUGGCCCAGUGCUGCGCACAGAUCGCAAAUACCGAUCUUGUCGAGUUAUUCGUACAAAACGAGGAAGGAGUUUUCCUAGUUUACAAGGAUCGGGAAUCGGCAGAUGAGCCGAAAAUUAAAUGUCGAAAGGUCAAGCGAGCACGAAAAAAUCCGAUGCAUCUACAGAAGUUAGUCGAUGUCAACGAGGGAAAUAUCGGUAGGCACACUUAUGUCGGAAGCUCUAAAAUUCUUACAUUCUAUCUUUUCUCGAAAUCGCAGCUGUUGAUUAUUUAA